AUGGCGGAGGGCCGCGGGGAUAGUAAUGUCCUGUCUAGGCUACGGCAGCAGAGCGCCGGUCUGUGCAGGGUGACGGUGACCGGUACCGGUGAUUACACGGCCUCCUCCAGAGUGAAAGGGGACAUCAUCCUGAGGCUGCGGGAACAAUUGAAGCAGCAGAGGUUUGAUCUCCGGAACAGAAUUGGUGCAGGUGAAAUAUCUGUCGAUGAACUGUCUCUUGAGUAUAUUACGGUAGAGAAUCUAAAGGAGGCGAUUAGACAACUGGUUUUGGAAAUUGAAAAUGCCAAAGUUACAUAUUGCAAUAAGUCAGUUUUGGUGCAAAGGAAGCAUUGCAUUGACGAUUUUUCCUUGUUUUGUUUAUAUACAAGAAUGCAGCUAUUCUACAAAGUUCAGAACAAGAUACAGGAGAAAAACACUGAUUCAGAGUUUUUAAGAAAAAUCACAAAUCACAGUUUUGAAGUUGCUUCUGUAAUACUUAAAGAACAGAUGGAAACUCGGGCAUUGGAGAAGCAACUUAUCGAAAUGAGAGAGAAAAGAAUGGCCCUUAAAGUAAAGAGCACGGAGCUGAUGACAGAAGUUCUCUCCAUAGCCGAUGAACUACGAUUGCAGAAAGAGCCAAAAGAUCAGAAGUUUAAAAAAAUAUUCAAAUAUGUACAAAAGGAAACAGAUGUCACCUUCAUGUUGCAGAAUAUAUUCCAGAGGAUCGUUCAUGGCAGUCGUGUGAAUUGGGCAGCAGAUCCAAAACUAACUGAAGCUGUAAUCAAAGCAGGAAAGGAUUUACACAGUUUUUAG